UCAGGUGAUCAGCUAGCCGAACAGAUCGGUUUGUCGGUGAGACAAGAAGCUACAAACAAGCCGAAAUUGAGGAUAAUUUCUGUUUUUAUCCGCCACGGAGGGAACCGUCCGUCGACAAGCCUUCUUUCAGAGGGAAAUGUUCCAGUAGGACCGCUUGUGACACAUCAGCAUAAUGUCGGGGAACAACUUGGUUCUACCCAUAGUGCUGUGGGGCCGCACGGCUCCCACCCACUGCAUCAGCAGUCUGCUGGUGAUGGACGACUUCAGCACCAUCAUCACCGGCUGCCAUGACGGUCAGAUCUGUCUCUGGGACAUGACACCUGAGCUGGAGAUUUGUCCCAGGGCCAUGUUGUUUGGUCACACAGCCUCCAUCACCUGUCUGUCUAAAGCCAGUGCAUGCAGUGACAAACAGUACAUCGUCAGCGCUUCAGAGAGCGGAGAGAUGUGUUUAUGGGAUGUGAACGAUGGACGCUGUAUCGAGUUCACCAAGCUGGCCUGUGCUCACACUGGCAUACAGUUCUACCAGUUCACCAUCGGCACUGAGAGGGAGGGGCGUCUGCUUUGCAACGGCCACUACCCAGAAAUCCUUGUGGUGGACGCCACCAGCCUGGAGGUCCUGUACUCGCUGGUGUCCAAGAUCUCUCCUGACUGGAUCAGCUCCAUGAGCAUCAUCCGAUCCCACCGGACACAAGAGGACACGGUGGUGGCAGUGUCAGUGACAGGGAUUUUAAAGGUCUGGAUCAUCACAGCUGAGGUCAGCAAGAUGCAGGACCUGGACCCUGUCUUUGAGGAAGAGUCCAAACCCAUCUACUGUCAGGGCUGUCAGAGUAUUUCCUUCUGUACCUUCACUCAGAGCAGCCUGCUGGUCGUCUGCUCCAAGUACUGGAGGGUGUUUGACGCAGGCGACUACUCGUUGCUCUGCUCGGUGCCCAGUGACAACGACCAGGCCUGGACCGGAGGAGAGUUCAUCGCCGCAGAUAAAGUCAUCAUCUGGACCGAAGAUGGCUGCAGUUACAUCUACAAGCUGCCCGCCAGCUGUCUGCCUGCCAGUGAACAUUUCCGCAGUGAUGUUGGAAAAACGAAAGAAGGCUCCAUCCCUCCGCUGGUCUACAGCAUCGCCGACCGCUCAGACAAACAGCUCCUGAUCUGUCCUCCCGUGACUCACUUCUUCUUCGGCCGACGGGAGCCCUUCCAUAAGCUGCUGAUCCAGGGAGACUCAGCGGGCAGACUGUCCCUGUGGAGCAUCCCAGACACUUCGCCUCUGCAGCCGCUGUCGACCGCUGCAGAGCUGCAGGUGUCGUCCACCAUCAGUCUGCAGGAGGCGUUUGAUAAGUUGACCCCCGUGUCUGCAGGGAUCAUCGACCAGCUCAGUACUCUGCCAGGAAAAGACGGACCCAUUAAGGUCACAGCCAGCGUGUACAUCCCCUCUCAGGGUCGCCUCGUGUGCGGGAGAGAGGACGGCAGCAUCAUCCUGGUUCCUGCCACACAGACCGCCAUUGUCCAGCUGCUGCAGGGGGAGCACAUGCUCAGGAGAGGCUGGCCACCCCAUCGCACCCUGCGAGGUCACCGGAACAAGGUGACAUGCGUCCUGUAUCCGUACCAGAUCUCCCCUCGCUAUGACCAGCGCUCGCUGGUGUCCGGGGGCGUGGACUUCUCCGUCAUCGUCUGGGACAUUUUCACCGGAGAGAUGAAGCACAUUUUCUGUGUCCACGGAGGAGAGAUCACCCAGCUCAUCGUCCCACCUGAAAACUGCAGCACUCGGGUGCAGCACUGCGUCUGCUCAGUGGCCAGCGACCACUCUGUCGGCCUGCUCAGCCUCAGGGAGAGGAAGUGCAUCAUGCUGGCGUCGCGACACCUCUUCCCCAUCCAGGUCAUCAAGUGGCGUCCGGCUGACGACUACCUGGUGGUGGGAUGCUCCGAUGGCUCCGUGUACGUCUGGCAGAUGGAUACAGGAGCCUUGGACCGAUGCGUGAUGGGCAUCACGGCGGUGGAGAUCCUGAACGCCUGUGAAGAGCUGGCUCCAGCCACCGUGGACGCUCUCAGCCACUCAGCUGUGAACCUGAAGCAGGCGAUGACUCGCCGCAGCCUGGCGGCACUGAAGAACAUGGCCCAGCACAAACUGCAGACGCUCGCCACCAACCUGCUGGCUGCAGACAACGCUGACAAGGGCAACCUGCCGAAGUACUCCCAUAAUGCCCUGGUGGUCCAGUCGAUGAAGACCAACCUGACAGACCCCGACAUGCAUGUGCUGUUCUUCGACGUGGAGGCGGUGAUCAUUCAGCUUCUGACGGAGGAAGCCCAGAGACCAAACCCCACGCUGGUGUCUCCAGAGACGCUGCAGAAGAGCCAAGCUGGGGCUGACAAGGGGGGGUCCUUCCUGGCCAACAAGAUUUUCAAACAGGUGAAGGAGACGAUGAAGGAGACCAUCAAGGAGCACCUGUUGGACGAAGACGAGGAGGAGGAGGAAGAGAUGAGGAGGCGGGAGGAGAAGUCCAAGUCUCUGAGUCUGCUGGAGUACAACCUGACGAUGGACACGGCCAAACUCUUCAUGUCCUGCCUGCACGCCUGGGGUCUCAACGAGCAGCUGGACGGCAUCUGUCUGGAGCGACUGGGCAUGCUCAGACCGCACUGCCCCAUCUCCUUCGGCCUGAUCUCCAGAGGAGGUCACAUGUCCCUCAUGCUGCCCACAUUCAAGGAGUCUUUGCUGCGGCAGUUGUCCCUCGCGACGGGUCUGAAUCUGACUCUGUCUGACAUCGUGGGGAAGGGGACAUACGGUGUGUCGAGGGCUGUCACCACACAGCACCUGCUGUCUGUGAUCUCACUCGCCAACACUCUGAUGGGCAUGACCAACGCCACCUUCGUCGGAGAGCACAUGAAGAAAGCACCAGUCAGGCCUCCCAGACCAGGAGGAACCCCGGAGAGUCCUCGCAGGACGCUGGCUGCCCCCCCUCAGCCCUCCAACCCAGCGCUACAGGCCCAGAUCAAACAAGCUGCUGUAGCUGCCACAGCCAACACCAGCACUGUUACUGCUGCUACCACUGCUGGGGCUCCGGGGGCCCCUGGGGGCCUUCUUCAGGGGGCCCCUGGCUCCCCGAGCCCCGGCCCUGCUUCUCAUAACAUCCCCUCAGUCAACGAAGGUUGGAGCCAGCUGGCAGCCAUGCACUGUGUGAUGCUCCCUGACCUCCUUGGCCUGGACAAGUUCAGACCUCCUCUGCUGGAGAUGUUGGCGAGGAGGUGGCAGGACCGCUGUCUCGAGGUGCGAGAGGCAGCACAAGCUCUCCUACUGGCUGAGUUGAGAAGGAUCGGCCAAUCUGGACGUAAGGACACCAUCGACAUGUGGGCUCCCUAUCUGCCUCAGUAUGUGGACACUGUCAGCUCCCCUGGAUCGACCACUGAGCCCUCCCCUCCAGCUCCGCCUCCUCCCGAGGCUCAGCCAAUAGAAGCAAAGGUUCCUGAGGAGGAAAUGGACGUCACGGACGAUGACAUCACAGCAGGGUGUCUGUCCAACCUACCACCCAACGCCAAGAAGAUCUCCAACUCAUAUGAGGAGCGCCGUAAACAAGCCACCGCCAUCGUGCUGCUGGGGGUCAUCGGGGCUGAGUUCGGCGCUGAGAUUGAACCUCCAAAGGGUUUAGCACGGGCUCGAGCAGGCGGACAGGCGCCUGAGGGCUUCGGACUGACAAGCGGAGGGUCAUCCAACUAUUCACUGGCCAGACACACAUGUAAGGCGCUGACCUUCCUGCUGCUGCAGCCCCCCAGCCCCAAGCUGCCUCCCCACAGCACCAUCCGCCGCACCGCCAUCGAUCUGAUUGGCCGAGGCUUCACCGUGUGGGAGCCGUAUAUGGACGUGUCAGCGGUGCUCAUGGGACUGCUGGAGCUCUGCGCCGAUGCUGAGAAGCAGCUGGCCAAUAUCACCAUGGGUUUACCCCUCAACCCGCCGGCAGAUUCUGCUCGCUCAGCCCGCCAUGCCCUCUCUCUCAUCGCCACUGCCCGGCCUCCAGCCUUCAUCACCACCAUUGCAAGAGAGGUUCAUCGGUACAACGCGGCUCAGGCGAACUCUCAGUCGCAGCAGAACAUUCACACCACCACUCUGGCCAGAGCCAAGACUGAGAUACUGCGAGUCAUCGACAUCCUGAUAGAGAAGAUGCCUGGAGACGUCGUGGAUCUGCUGGUCGAGGUGAUGGAUAUCAUCAUGUACUGUAUCGAAGGGUCUCUGGUGAAGAAGAAAGGACUGCAGGAGUGUUUCCCUGCUAUUUGCAAGUUCUACAUGGUUGGUUACUGUGACCGUAGCCACCGCAUCGCUGUUGGAGCUCGCCAGGGUUCGGUGGCUCUCUACGAUGUCCGCACUGGAAAAUGUCAGAACAUCCACGGUCAUAAGGGUCCAAUCACAGCCGUGUCUUUCGCCCCUGAUGGCCGUUACCUGGCAACGUACUCCAACGCUGACAGCCACAUCUCCUUCUGGCAGAUGAACACCAGUCUGCUGGGCAGCAUCGGGAUGCUGAACUCAGCCCCUCAGCUCCGCUGCAUUAAGACCUACCAGGUUCCUCCGGUGCAGCCGGCGUCCCCGGGCUCCCAGAACCACCUGAAGCUCGCUCGCCUCAUCUGGACCUCCAACCGCAACGUCAUCCUGAUGGCCCACGACGGCAAGGAGCACCGCUUCAUGGUCUAAACCCGAUCUGUGUCUUCAGCUAAGCCCUUCGUGUUGUAUUUUUUUUAGGGUUUGAAGUGCUGCAGCAUGGACUCUGUCACUGGUCACUUUAGUUUUAGCUUCAAGUUCAUAUCCUGAGCUGCCGAGUCCAACUAUUAAUGAGUGUAGAGAUAAGUGAGGCUGACAGUAAAGGCUCCGUUGAGGUUUCACUGAGAUACAUUCAAAGGCUUGUCUUUAAAUCUAAAUGUAAUGAGUUGCAGUUCGGCCAGAGAAGUAAAAACCCAGCUCAGGUCCAGGUCUGAGACCGGACUGGAUCAGUUUUUGUUUAUAUGUCUUAUAGUGAUCAUUAUGAAGACGCUCGCUGUGUAAUUUAUUUUAAAGGCUCGUUUACAUUAUGAUUUGUAUCGAUGUAUUUUGUUAACACCUUCUCCUCAUUCCUAUUUAUUUGCUGAUGUCACAGAUCUUCUCUGUCGCCAUCUUGGAUCCCAGCUGUUGCUGUUAGUUUAUUUCAGUGCUAAAUACGAUCGUCUUAUCUUUAAAUUUGCAGGUAACUGAUUGGAUUGAACACAGGGACCUAACGUGAGUCAGUCUUCGCCCCGUUGUCAGUUUUCAGAUUCAAAAAAUUAAACAACCUAGAAUUAAUUUCAUUAUUUCUAACAGACGGUUUAAAAUAUUUUAUGGAGAUUCUCCGCUGCUCUUAAAGGCUUACGUUCUCUCCGACCUCUGUAACACAAGUACACACUUUCCACAUUUCACACUGCAUCUGUGUGUGUGUGUGUGUGUGUGUGAGAGAGAGAGAGAGAGAGAGAGACUUCUUUGGUGUUUGCUUUUACUUUUAUAACACCUUCAUAGCUUUUUCAGCCUCUCUGAGCUUUAUGCAGAAAUGUGUGUGUGUGUGUGUGUGUGUGUGUGUGUGUGUGUGUGUGUGUUUACACCCAAGUGUAUUUUCACUAACACACAUUUUCACUUUAGGCUGCUCGUCCUAAAAGCACGAUCACUGUAAACCUUUACACACCGAGUCACAGCGGAUAUUAAAAAGGAGAAAACCCAUAAUAUGAUUUUGGUCACAUAUUAAAGGAUUAACGUCAACGCUGUAUGAUUUAACAGAAGGCGUUCUGUGGUGCAGAGCCUGACUCGAGCCGUUUUCUCGUAUGAACUCUAGCACACAACAGGAGACUGUCCAUGUCAGACGCGAUCUCACUGACUGGAAAUACUACGUGGUUUAGGCGAGGGUUGGCGCCAGGGUAAAGUGUAUAGGAGGCAAAAAUUACGCUGCAGAAAUCGUAGUUUACAAAGCUAGUUCCUAAUUGAUUACGCUGGGUCUUGUGCCGUUCCUUGAAUUUGUCUGACGACUUCAGGUUCGACUCCUACCGACAGAAGUUCCCGAAACUCGCUGUGUCUCCAGAUGUUCAUUUGCUUCGUUGUGUAAAUGACCCUCGGAUGUUUGUAUACUUCUGGUUUCGCACCAGUUGCUCGAUAGAAAUGUCAUCAACAUGUCACUCGCUUACUUUAAAUUCUCUGGAAAAUGACGUGCUCUAUUCACACAUGGCCUCAAUUGGACAUUACGCAGAUUUUGUGCUGGGGAGUUAGCAGGGUGAAGUCCAUUAUUCAUCCAGUCCAACUGAUUGGGACAUUUGUGUUCUCACACAGAGCUCCUUUGAGUUACGUCUAGAUGAGUUCAGGGUCGCAGUGUGUGUGUGACAGGGGCUUCAGUUUUGUUUGUGAGUUUAGUUUCCGUGGCUCCGUAGCACCUGGUCCUGUUAAAUAGGGGCAGAAGGUAUUUUGCUAAUCGUUCAAGUUUAGGUCAAGUUCUUUCUCUCCACGCUUUUUCUUUGCAUUGAGUGUGAGUACAACAUCAGCUUUGUUCGGCCUCUUAGAGUCACUUUUGUCUGUCGAGUGGUUCCUCCAUAGUUUCCAUGGUUCCCUCUGUCGACAUGUCCCAAGUGAACCUUUUCUUUUUCUUCUCUGUCGCUUUAUACUUCACUAAUAGGUGUACAGGCUUCUCUUCAUCUUUGCAGCUUUCAUCCAUUCUGCUCCCAGUGCGUACAUGUACAGUAUAUAUAUAAAUAUAUAUCUCGCUCCUCAGAGCUGCUGGGUAAUGUAGUCUGUUAAUCUUGUACAGUGAGCGUAGAUCCUGUUUGGUGUAUUCAUUGUGGCUAACAUGAUUGUGUGCCUGGCACUGACUAGUUCUUCACAUGAGUGAAUUUUCUGUUUUAAAACUUUAUAUUUAGGAGAAAAUAUAAAAAUGCCACAGUAUUCAUUUACAUCUUCACAUGGUUAGUUUAGAGAAACAAUAGGUCUCUGUCAGGUGUCAGUUAUUUUAACUCCAGCUUGGAGGCUAUCCAGCGUGACACAGUUUUGCACAGCACACCUUACUGCUGUGUUUAUAUUUUUAAAAUGUUAUAACUGUUUUAGUUUCUCAGAGUUUUAUGCAGAAAGAGAUAUAUAAACAAUGGAAGGCCAUUUCUGCCAGUGUAAUUAAAGAAAAAUGAUCCUGUCAGUCAAGAUGAGAAACUUUUUUUAAAUAAUGACUUAGUAUUAAAAUAAUGACUCAAAAUUUCAUGACUCAGUCUCUCCAAGUAAUGACUUAGUUUCUCAAAAUAAUGAUUUAGUAUCUGAAAAUUGAGUAGUUCCGUAAUAGUUAUAUAUAAUUAUAUUUCAGAUUAAAGACUUACUAUCUCAUAAUGACAUAAUUUCUUAAAAUGACUUUGUUUACUAAAAUAACGUUUCUAAAAAUGACAACUUAGUUUCUCAAAGUAAUGACUUACUAUCGCAAAAAUAAUGACCAAGCCUCAAAAUGACUUAGAUACUACAUCAUUAAUUUAAGAAGCUCUGUCUUGACUUUGAUAAACUAAUUUGUUAUUCUGAGAAAGAUUUACAUUAUUUUGAGAUGCUACUUCAUUUUUUUGAUGAAGUUUCUCAUCAUAAUCAAGUUCAGGAUCUUUUUUUUUUUUUAACCUCACUUGGGGAAAUGGGUGUCCAUAAUAUACAGAUAUGAUAUUUAUAGAGUGACAGUUUUCUGUCAGAAUCAGAUUGAAUUUUAGAUUUUUGUGAAUUUUGGUAGUGAGGUUUGAGUAAUUGUAGCAAACACAAAUUAAACCUCCCUAGCUUUAAUUCUUUAUUUCUCCCUCCUCCUUUCUGUCCUACUCUCCUCUGUCCUCCCCCUUCUCCUUCUCCAUCUCCUGUCAGUUUCAUUAGUGCUGUCAGAAAGCUUCUAACACUGUUACACACCUGUAAACCCAAGCGUGUCAAAGCUUUUCACAAGUUCUUCCUCUCCAAAAAAACAUCCGGCAGCUCGUCAGACGGGUUUCUGAAAACACACACACACACACACACACACACACACACACACACACGUCAAGUCCAGCGACUCCAGACAGCUCUGAGAUCUUAAUCUUUGGUUUUCUCCGACACUCUUAACAGUUUGAGAAAAUAUGUUUUUGGCAGCCUCUCAAGGGAGGAAAGGUGAGAAAAAUAAAGAAGGCAGAGAGGAAGAGCAGAAGAGUGAGUAACAAGUGAGGGAUAUCAGGUCAUCCACCCAGAAAAAGGAGGUUCUGUGGUGAAGGUAGUGAACCGAAAUGUCUAAAAGAACCUUGUGGUUUUUCUUAAAAUGCAGCAACAUGGAAAAAAAUCGCAUGUGGUGCAGUUAUUGAAAACAUCAAACAACUGCAGAUACAUAUGUUAAAUUGAUUGUUACAACAACAAGAAGUGAUGCUGUUCGGUGAAUUGGAUAUAAAAAGAUAUAUGACAUUACCUUUUUACAUUUUUAGGUCCCUUUUAUUAUUCCAAUGUUCUUAUUCUUUGAUGUGCAAUUAACAGAUUGUUCAUAUUCUUAAAAGUAAAAUGUCUGUUAACGUAGCUUUCAAAAUCAAACAGUUCAGUUCUGAAUUUCACACCAAAUGUAAUCUGCUGUUUUUCUUAUAAAUUUUCUUUUCAGUUGAUUAUUUAUAUACAGUAAACACAAUCUAGAUAUUGAAGAGUGUGUGUGAUGUAGUGCAUGUAUAUGAGCUUCCCUUGAUGUAACACAGAGCAGGUUGAAUCUACAUUUGGACGUGUUAAAAUGUGUUGUUGUUGAAUUUGUGUCCAAUAAAGAUGAAAACGAAA